CAUUUGUACGUCAUUAUCAGUCGCCCCUCGGUGUGGCUUAUGGAUGCAGCGAGCGAACGGGAUUUUUAGCACUAUUGGCUUCUAUAACAGAGUUCAAAAUGCCAAUGAAAGGUAGAUUCCCGGUCAGGAGGACCCUGGAAUACCUCCAGAAAGGGGACAUCAUCUUUAAAAAUCGGGUGAAGAUCAUGACGGUGAAUUAUAACACGAGUGGAGAGCUGAGCGACGGAGCAAGGAAGUUUGUGUUCUUCAGCAUCCCACAGAUCCAGUACAAAAACCCUUGGGUUCAAAUAAUGAUGUUUAAAAACAUGACGCCGUCCCCUUUUCUGCGAUUCUAUCUGGAUGAUGGUGAACAAGUUCUGGUUGACGUGGAAGGAAAGGACUAUAAACAAAUAUCCCACCAUGUAAAGAAGAUUUUGGGCAAAACAGAAACUGUGCUGCAGGAGGAAGCUAAAGCCAGGAUGCAGGCCUCCAACCCGGCUAACUUUGGGCCAAAGAAAUACUGUCUGAGAGAGUGUAUCUGCGAAGUGGAGGGUCAGGUUCCAUGUCCCAGCACCGUGCCACUGCCCAAAGAGAUGACUGGCAAAUACAAAGCCAAGAUGAAGGCAGCGGCUCAGGAGUGACAAACAUAGUCACUGUCCUUUGUGGAGUGCACGGACUACAUUGUUAUAUUGCUUGCUGUUGGACACAACUCCACAGACUCUCUUGGACAUGGACGUUUGUGGAUGGGCCACAUAAACUUUUGAUUAAAUUCCAACUGGAUUUUCCAUUUCAAGUGUGGUUCUGGUAUCUGGGCUGGGUGUGUGUACCUGUUGACUGUGUACAACCUGUGUAUUAGAGGGCUUGUGUGUUUAUAUCUGCAUACAUGUUUUGCGUGUGACCUUUCCUCACAACACAAAAUAACAAGAUUGGGCAACAAUAUUUAUCAUUUAUUCGUGUUCAGAUUUCCUGAAGUGAUCAUUUCGUGUUGUGUUUUCAAUUCGGUAUGUUGAAACGUUUACCAACUCUCCAAUCAUCUGAACACAAAAACACUCAUCCAGUUUACUCUGUGAAACACGGGCAACCACAAAGACAUAAUACUUGACGGCAUCUGUAAAUGCUCUUCUGACCUCAUAAAGUUGUUGAUCUGACGGCUCUUCCUCCACAGUGUCUUUAAAAAAUAGUAUUUACGAUGUAUAAGAACAUGCUUCACAUUCAGAUCUCCUUGCUGGAAGGUUGUUGGGGUUGUGACAUCUGAAGCAGUGUCUUGAGUCAGUAGUGAAAAGGAAUAUUUGUGUUACAGUCAAAUAUGAAAUGAUCUCACAGUGAAGUGGGAUGCCAAACUAAGUGAACAUGGACUAAAGUUAGCGUGUGAAGUGAUGCGAAGCGCUGUACAAACACU